GGCAGCAGCAGAGCCCCGGCUCCAUUGCAGCCAUUUUGAUUUGGAUCCGCAGCAUCGGAGGGAACCUGUGAGGAAAAGGUUUGGAUUCAGGGAGAGAGAUGUGGGACCAGGGAGGACAGCCCUGGCCGCAGUGGCCUCUGAGCCAGCAGCAGUGGAUGCAGUCCUUCCAGCACCAGCAAGAUCCAAGUCAAGUGGACUGGGCGGCUCUGGCACAGGCUUGGAUAGCCCAGAAGGAGUCAACAGUACCAGAGCAGCCACGCAUUCAGCCCAAUGGGCAGGAUAUCCCAGGCCUUGAACCUGUCGGACAAAGUAACCAUGGUGCCUUCCAGGGUGACCCAGCUUUUGGCAGAAUGUGGCAGCCAGAAUGGGGAAUGCAUGGACAGCCCCCUCCUCUUCCUCCUCCUCCACCCCCUGACCAGGCCUGGAUCCCUCCAGGGUCAGGACCAAUGGAUGUGGUGAACCCCAGUGAGGACAGCAACAGCCAGGACAGCGUGGAGUUCAACUCUGAAGCCCACCGCGGGGUUUACCCCCAGAACAGCCAUGGGUAUGGGGCACAGCCCGACAGCUACGCCAUGGCCCCCAUGGCCAUGAACCAGUUUGAUUAUCAGCAUGGAGCUGCCUCAUCCUUCCCCCCCACACCUACGGGAUUCCACUCUCCAUACUGGCAGGGUCCUCCUCAGAACAGACGAGAUGCCAGACCCCCCGGGUUCAGAGAACGGCCCAGAUCCCCUAUCCAGAUCCCUGUCAAACAGGAGGCUGCGGCACCAUUGGGUGAGUGUGAUUUCGCUCAACCUAAGCCGGUUUCAGACCUGCGGAGGAGCUCUGGAGAUUUGGGUGUGGACAUUCUCCGCAGUUUGCCUUUCACACAAUCAACGGAGCGGGAGAUUCUCUGCUCAGACAUGUUCAGAUCACCAACUAAUCCUCCACAGAUUUCAGGCGAGAGGUGGAGCAGCCGGGUGCAGCUGACUGACACAGAUGCGGUUAAAAGACGAACAUUACCUGUGUGGAUCCGUGAGGGCCUUGAAAAGAUGGACAGAGAGAAGCAGAAGAAGCUGGAGCGAGAACGAAUGGAGAAGGAGCGUGCAGAAAUGGCGAAGGAUGAUGGCAACCAACACGAAGCAGACAAGGAUGGUGACGGGCCACGCGUACCUCGCAAGAGUAAAUUUGACAGUGAUGAUGAGGGGAAUGACGACAAUAACGACGAAGCCAAGCCCGUCAUAAAGAGGGAGUUUUCUGUCCGGAGCCCAUCACCUCCUGCAGAGGACAGUGAACCGGAAAUGACUGAGGAGGAAAAAGAAUUUCAGCUAAUGAUCAUCACAAAAACACUUCUGACAGAGAUCCUACUUGAGGUCACUAACGAAGAGAUCGUACACAUCGCCAAAGAUACUCACCGGAAGGCUACUCGAGCUCCUGCAAAACAGCUGGCACAGUCAAGUGCACUGGCUUCUCUGACUGGUCUCAGCGGGCUUGGUGACUAUGGUUCAGAUGAGAGUGAUGAUGACGAUGAGCGCAGCGUGCGAGGAUCCGAGUCCUCCGACACAGACGAGGAGGAGUUGCACCACCGCAUCCGCGAGAAGCAGGAUGCCUUCCGCCGCAAAGAACGGGAUAUGCAGCAGCUGCUAGAAAAACAGUCACAAGAGGCUCUGCUUGCACGCGAGGAGAUGGUGAAGGAGAGAUUGAUCAGAGAAAAAGGGGAACAUGAUGAGGGUCAGGCAGAGAUUCCACACAAGCAGGAAGUAAAAGAGAGGCAGGCGGAGCCCAUGGUAGAGAGGCGUAGGUCCCGUAGUGAAAAGGAGGGUAGUGAAAGCAAGCACUUCGUUAGAGGGAAAGAGCGAUCGGGACGAGGUGGCAGCCAUUCCCCUGCAAAUGGUCACAGAAGCAGCUCAUUGUCCACAUCAAGCCACAGCAGCAGUCGUUCUUCAUCCUCCUCCUCCUCCUCUUCUUCAGCAUCUUCCCGCAGCUCCUCUCGAUCGUCCUCCCCACAAAGAAAGAGGAGACGUAGUCGAUCUUCAUCUCACAAGGCUCGCAAACGCAGCCACAGUUCACAAAGGCGUCGCAGCGAUCGUAGAGAGAAGGUCAGGGACAGGAGGAGGAGCAGUGCUGACAGGUCAGGCCGCCACAAGACAGAGCGCAGUGAUUCCAGGGAGCGCAGGAGUCACAGGAGCAGGUCAAGAUCCAGAGACCGAGACAGGGGCAAAGCCAGGGCUAGAGACAGCCGCAGUCGUAGCAGGGAGAGAGAGAAGGAGAAAGACCGGGAUAAGAAGAGGAGCAGGGAUUGCAGGGAUAGUAGUCUUAGUAAACACAAGCAGAAGGGCUCCAGCAAAGACAGAGAGAGGAGGAGAGACAAGAGUCAUAGCCAUGAGAAAGAUAAGAAAAAGAAGGAUAAAGACAAGGAAAGGGAGAAAGAUUCUGAUAAAAAGAAAGAAAAACCAAAGGGCAAUGAGAAAGAAAAAGGAAGCUCUGGAGUUACCGAGGAGAAUGGCAAAUCAAAGAAACGGAGAGAGAGCGACUCAUUCACGGACUCUCAGAGUGACAGGCACUCCCGGCAGGAGAGCAAAGGCAGCAAGAAGGGCUCCGCCAAAGCUAGCAAGAAACGCUCAGACUCUGACUCGAGCAGAUCCCCUUCCCCCGAGGUUAGCAAGGAAAAGAAAUCUAAGAAAUCCAAACGUAGUCGCUCACGGUCGACGGAAAAAUCUCACAAGUCUGGUAAGAAGGCAAGCCGCAAACACAAGUCUAAGUCGCGAUCAAGGUAGUAUUCGUUUUUAUUCUCUCUCUUUCUUAUUGUAUGUUCUCAUUGUAUGUCUCAUUGUGAUUUCCCUGGAUUCUUUGUAGUCAAUGUAUUUUUCAAUAACCUAAUGUUUUCGAAAACUCUGCUUCAGUCACAGACAUCUGUUGCAAUAAAGAGCUUUAGUAUAUAAUACUUUCUAUCAAAUGCAAAUUGACCAUGAAUGAAUUUCAGUUUCAUCAAUUCUUGAUGUUACCCUCUGUUGCCUUAGUAGAGUCUAGAUCUCUCUUUUUUAGCCCUUGUUGAAAUGAGUAAGCUGUCUCCUGCCCAGAGAAGUGCGGGGAAACUUAGAUAAGGUCUUAGUAAUGUCCGAAGAAUUACAGAUCACUUGGCUGCAGAGGGUAGAUGUGGUUGUCGAGAGUAUGCAGGACUCAUGUUUUCAUGUUCAGUAUGUCUGGUGCAUGUCUAUGUAUUUGUAUAUGGUAUGUGUGGGUAAGAGUUCUCGGUGCAGCAUAUUAAUGUUUUGUCUGCGCCUCUCUUACAGGUCAGCGUCCCUCUCCCGUCAUAGCAGACGCUGAGGAGCACAGCUAACCUCCUGACCUGUGCACGUUACCGUUUUAAAUUCCAUGAGUUGAACAGGCUUGUCUCAUUAUAGAGGCAGUUGUGUAGGUGACCGCCCCUCCCUCUCUCUCUUUCACUCAUACAUUUUUUUUCUUCAUUUCUGUAAAUAUGAUGUUAUUUUAAAGUGUGACUGAAGAACAAGACAUUUUGAAUGGUAGGAGUUUACACUUGUAAUUUUAUGCAGAACUUAACAAGACUCGGUAGACACUAAAGAUUCAAGUUAUGUCAUUUUAAACAGUAACAGGGUUCAUCUUUUUCCUGCAAUAUUAUUGUAAAAUGUCAAUAAAACUGUUCCUUGAGUUUG